AUGGAAGCACACAUCAAAUGUCAAAACUGUGAUGAGGAUAAACGGGCCAUUUCGAGAUGCAUGGACUGUAAUAAUUUUCUGUGUCAAGAAUGUCAAAAGGCUCAUGAACGUAUGACUUUCAUGAAAUCUCAUAAAAUCUACACACUGACUCAACUUCGAUCAGGAGAGAUUGUCUACAAGAGUAAACUAAGAGAAGAAGUUCCCAAGUGUUGCAAGCAUCCAGAUCAGAAUCUCAAUGUCUACUGCAACUCAUGUGAGCAAGUCAUAUGCACAACUUGCUCUGUGCUUGAUCAUGCAAAACACUCACUUACUGGAUUACCUGAGGCAGUAGAAAAAUGUAAGAAGAAGGUCACAGAAAUGGUCCAAAAAAGUGAGAGCAGAACAAAAGAAUUGGGCACCACCAUAGAAGAGACAUGCAAAUCUCAAAAAGAGCUGGAAACCAUGUUUGCCAAAACUCAAAAGAAAAUCUCCAAAAAGGCUCAACAGGAGAUUACAAAGCUCCAACAGGAGAUUACAAAGCUCAAACACGAGGUUGCAAAGAUCCAAGAGGAGAUUACAAAGGUCCAAAAGGAAGAAAAGAAACUGUUAAAAGAGACAGGCAUGAUUUAUAAAGACAAACUCAAAGCUUUUGAAGCUGUUCAAGCAACCAACAGGAAAGAGGUGACACAGACAGAGCACAAGCUGGAGGAGGUCAAACAACUCUGCCUUAUCUACACAAUCUAUGGCAACCGAAGCUUAUUGUGUCCAGAGGACCAAAGGUUGGUAUGUGUAGACUACUAUGGUGCCAAUGUAUUCUCAGUAGACAUGACCAGCAACAUGCAGGAGGUUGGGCACCCUACUGGUGUGUGCUGUGACAAUGAUGGCAGCAUCUAUGUUGCUGUGCAUAAAAAGGGGAUAUAUCCAACAGGUGCUAUUCUGCAUUACAGUCCUGAUGGCAAGUACAUUGAAUGUGCGAUCAAGGACUGUGGUCUUCCAAAUGGCAUCACAUUCACAUCGGAUAUGACUGACCCAAUAAGCACCAACCUUAGCCGGUCUGGUGAGCAUCAUGUGUCACAUCUCGGCGUCGCUGACCAUGCGGUCUUGGUCCUUCUAGAGGGGGUGUUGGUGUCGGAACCCCAGGAGCUGGAAUUAUCAUCAUCGCUUUCGGGGACAUGGGCCUGA